UUUUAACUUCCGAUCAUCAUCACUCAUGGACGUGCUGCACACUUUUCUAGUGGCUCUCUUAGGAGUUGCAUCCUGCAGUCAUGAAUGGAUCUCUGGAUCAGUGUCAGUCAGACGAGGAGACAACAUCACUCUCUACUGUGAUUGUAAACCAUCAACUGGAGAAUUCAUAGUGUGGUUCAGGAACUGCUCUCAUGAGAACCAGCCUCCUCUUGUCAUUAAAAUAGACCGCUCACACAGAUUAGCAUACAAUCAGGGCCAGGACACCAAAGAUCCUCUGAAGAUUCUUCCUGGUUUUCAAUUUGUGAAAAACUCUUCUUCUGAUUCCUAUGACCUGCUGAUCAUGAACAUCACUGAUUCCGAUGAGGGACUCUACUACUGUGGAACUGAACAGAGAAGUAUAGAGGAUAAAGAAUUCAUUGGCUCUGAAACUGUUUACAGAAACGGCAACGUCACAACAAAGAUCUCGAUCAGUCCAGACCCCAGCGAGCUGGUGCUGUUCUCCUUGUGUCCAGCUAUUGCUGUUGUAUCCUCUCUCUUCUCCUCUCUCCUAUCUUCUCUUCUAGUUUAUCAUCUCUGUCAGAAAAAAGCUCCACAACCUGAUCAGCAAACACCUAAAAGAAGACAGCAUGGGGAUGAAGAUGUGUGCUAUGCUGCAAUGGAAAUCCAACAGACAUCACAGAGACCACAGAAGAAGAAGAUCCAGAGUUCUGACUUCAGCACCUAUUCUGCCAUCAAUACUUCGAGGAUGUAG